AUGGAUAUUUCGUUAGCCUUAGACACACUGAGGACUGCCACAGAUGAAGCUCUCCAAUCUCGAUAUUCAGAAAUAAACCUGACGCUGUCAAUCAUCAGUCAGAGACUCCAAGUCAGAUUUCUUGCAAGCACACCUGCUACAGUUGAUACCAGCACUCCCCCGCCCAGUGAUUCCGAAAAGGACAGUCCUUCAUCCAUAGCUGAAUCGACCGUCGAUCGCCUGAACACCGAAAAUACUGUUGGUAGUCUGUCGCCGUCUAACACGAGCGAACUAGCCAUUAUCCCGGUACAAACUACCGCCAACCCUGCCCCAAAGAAAGGUUCUCAGCCUGGGAAAAACAAGAAAAGUACGGUUGAGAAGCUUGUUUGCUCCAUGCAAGAUCACAUACAUUGGCUUUGGGACACUGCCCACACAGACAACGAAAUCAUUUCGCACAAGAGAGACCCCACUGUGGAUAUCAGGAUGGAGGAUUAUAGAAGGGUAGAGGGGAAUCAGAGGCCAAGCAAUCAAGAUAAGCUUUUACGACUCUUGUCGAUGCGGUCCCUCGCAGAAGAUUUCGUACAAGAGACGGAUGGCAAGGCCAGAUUGCAGAGCGUCAUUGCAUAUGUCCUUUCCGUUCGGAGUGGGGACCUUGACCCCGAGAAGUCCAAUUCAUCUCAAUUGAAGGGUCGGUGUCGCCAGGUAUCGGACUUUGUUAAGCUUCACCCUCUCCUUUCCUCAUGUCACGAUGCAAACAGAGCCAUCAAUAAGGGAAUCAAGCAUUUAGCGUUUGAAACAGUCUUCAAGAAAACGCUCGAAGAUCUCAAACUGCCAAAUAUGUCCGAAACCGUGUCAGCAAUUCUCGGGCUAUCAAUGGACGAUUUCAAAAGCUUGACAUAUGCACAAAUGCCCCAACUCGUGGAUGCUAUUGUGGAUGGUGUCCCAAGAACGGAAUAUGAGUUACAUGGCCAAAAAUUUGAUCUACCAAACGUUAUAAAACGGAUUGAUAGCUGGUUUGCAAGAGUUCAAACCCGGUAUAACAGUUAG